GAUCCGUGCCGUCGCUCCCACUUCAAAGGGAGGGAGGGGACGGGUCCAGGCUGGUAACCGGGCUGUAACGGGGAUAACCUGCAGCCUCCGUCUCUCGGAUGCUCUGAUGGAGUAAACCGAGCGACGAUGCGCUUUUAUUUCCGUUCUCCGUCGAUCAUGGACCGGGUUCAUCUGGCGACUCAAUAAAGCUCGGAUCCAGGGGUCAGAGGUCACCCACUAAAACCUGCACUUGUCCUCUUUCACCCCUGUACCCCACUUCACCUCCUUCCCCAAUCCCCUCAUCCACACACUGCCUCCCCAUCUUCUACCCUUUAUCCCAGCUUUCCUCACAAAUAAACCUGUGAGCCGUACCCCAACAAACAAACAGCUGUUGUGCUUUUCAAGACAAGAGAUCAGCUGUUCUCCAGACCCUCCUAGACUUCUCCUCAGAUAACACCUCUCACACUCAGGCUUCAAGAUGAUGUGCGAGGUGAUGCCCACCAUCUCGGAGGACGGGCGCGGCGGAGGAGGGGGCGGCUCAUCUUCCCCAGCGGGUGGUGGAGGAGUGAUGGGCGGUGGGAUGGGAGGCUAUGGUGGCCGUGAUCCCCGUGGGGGUGGCAGUGGUGGAGGAGGAGGAGGAGGUGAUGAAGGAGGAAGCACGGGCAACCUGGAGUCACUGAUGGUGAACAUGCUGACGGAGAGGGAGAGGCUGCUGGAGAGCCUGAGGGAGACGCAGGAUAGUCUGGGGACGGCACACCUUCGCCUGAGAGAGCUGGGCCAUGAGAAGGAGUCCCUGCAGAGGCAGCUGUCCAUCGCCCUGCCACAGGAGUUUGCAGUGCUGACCAAAGAGCUAAACCUGUGCCGGGAACAGCUGCUGGAGAGGGAGGAGGAGAUCGCUGAGCUGAAGGCUGAGAGAAACAACACACGACUGCUGCUUGAGCAUCUGGAGUGCCUGGUGUCGCGCCAUGAGCGCAGCCUGAGGAUGACAGUGGUGAAGAGGCAGGCCCAGUCUCCGGCAGGGGUCUCCAGCGAGGUGGAGGUCCUGAAAGCCCUCAAGUCUUUGUUUGAGCACCACAAAGCGUUAGAUGAGAAAGUCCGGGAAAGGCUACGAGUGGCAUUGGAACGCGUGGCUGUCCUGGAGGAGGAGCUACAGUCUUCCUCUCAGGAGGUGGUAACUCUGAAGGAACAAGUCAAACGACGACAACAGGGACUAGACAACGGCAAAGAGCGACUUCCCAAUGGACCAUCCUCCAUCUUGGACGAUGGUGAGAUCGACCGGCAAAGAGAGGGCGAGAUCGAGCGACAGAGGUCAGAGCUGGGGCAGCUCAAAGAGAGACUGGCACUCAUGUGCAGACAGGUUGGUGAGAUUGAGGAGCAGCUUACAUCUGCCAGAAGGGAGCUGGCGCGCUCUGAAGAAGCCAACCAGAAACUGCAGCGGGAUUUAAAAGAGGCGUUAUGUCAAAGAGAAGACAUGGAGGAGAGAAUUACCACGUUAGAGCGCAGGUACCUGAGUGCCCAGAGGGAGGCAACGUCUCUCCAUGACAUUAAAGACAAACUGGAAAACGAGCUGGCCAGCAAAGAGUCCCUCCACAGACAGAGCGAGGAGAAAAACCGGCAGCUCCAGGAGCGCCUGGAUGAUGCCAAACAGAAGCUGCAGCAAACCCUGCAGAGGGCUGAGACUCUGCCUGAGAUCGAAGCUCAGCUCGCCCAGAGGGUGGCGGCGCUCAACAAGGCGGAGGAACGUCAUGGCAACUUUGAGGAGCGGCUGCGGCAGAUGGAGGCACAACUGGAGGAGAAGAACCAGGAGCUACAGAGAGCACGGCAGAGGGAAAGGAUGAAUGAUGAACACAACAAACGCCUCUCCGACACCGUGGACAAACUGCUGUCCGAGUCCAACGAGAGGCUGCAGCUUCACCUGAAGGAGAGGAUGGCUGCCCUGGAGGAAAAGAAUGCUCUAUCUGAGGAAUUGUCCAACAUGAAAAAACUCCAGGAUGAUCUGUUGGCAAACAAGGACCAGCUGAUCGCAGAGCUGGAGCGGCUUCAGCUGGAGGUGGAUCAGCUGAGAGCUCGGCCCAGUGGCUCUUAUUCCAGUCGCUCACUGCCAGGCAGUGCCCUGGAGCUGAGGUAUUCCCAUGGAGGCGGGUCUCUCCCAGCGGGCUCCACCGCUCACCUGGAUCCCUUUGGCAAUGCCUCUGCCGGGGGCGUGGUCAGGCGAAGCCACCGGGCCCGCUGGAGCACCGCACACGAGGACCCAAGCAAGUACCCAGACUGGGAGAGCGGGGCUCUGCUGGCAACCGGGUACGAGCCGGCCAUGGAUGUGGGGUGCUCCGACGAUGAGGAUGAUGGAGAACCUCGUUUUAGCUCCGAGCUUUUGUCCCCCAGCGGACAGACAGACGUACAGACCUUGGCCAUCAUGCUGCAGGAACAGCUGGAGGCCAUCAAUAAGGAGAUCAAGCUAAUCCAGGAGGAAAAGGAGAACACAGAGUUGCGUGCUGAGGAGAUUGAGAGUCGGGUUAGUGUGGCGUUAGACAGCCCACCAAUUCCUCCCUCCUCUCUGGGCAGAGACAGUACAGGACGGGGCUUCAUCCCAUCGUCCAUCACCUCCUCCACCUUGGCCUCCCCGUCUCCACCUAGUUCUGGACAUUCCACUCCUCGCCUGCCUCACUCCCCGGCUCGUGAAUCUGAUCGACAGAACAACAAGGAGGAUGAUCGAUCCCUCGCUCUUCUAGACUCUACUCCUCCUCCGACUCCCCGUGCGCUGCGGCUAGACAGGAUGGCCCUCACCCAUCCGGGGGCGAUGCUUGAUGACCCCCGAGAGUUUCGCAGCCUUUCUGCCGAUGGAAGCAGCUCCAACAGCAGCCAGGAUUCUCUCCACAAGUCCAGCAAGAAGAAAAGCAUCAAGUCUUCCAUUGGUCGGCUUUUUGGAAAGAAGGAAAAGGGAAGAUUGGGCCAACCAGGGCGCGAUGGAUCUGCUUCUCUGGCAUCCACACCCUCUGAGGACCUCAGCUCGGGAGACACCAUGGGAAUAAACAAGACAGGGACUCUUGGUUCGGCAGAUAAGGAUCGUCGCAGCAAAAAGAAGCAUGAGCUGCUGGAAGAAGCUUGUCGUCAAGGACUUCCAUUUGCGUCCUGGGAUGGACCUACAGUUGUGUCUUGGCUGGAGCUGUGGGUGGGAAUGCCCGCCUGGUAUGUUGCAGCGUGUCGUGCUAAUGUGAAAAGUGGAGCCAUCAUGGCAAACCUGUCCGACACUGAGAUCCAGAGGGAGAUCGGCAUCAGUAACCCGCUGCAUCGCCUCAAACUGCGGCUGGCCAUCCAGGAGAUGGUGUCCCUCACCAGCCCGUCUGCCCCAGCCAGCACUCGCUCUUCCACCAGUAACGUGUGGAUGACCCAUGCUGAGAUGGAGUCCCUGAAUGCUGCCACUAAACCUCCGGAGCUGAAAGAAUUCAGCUGGGAUCAGAUACUGGCCUAUGGUGAUAUGAAUCAUGAGUGGGUGGGCAACGACUGGCUGCCCAGCCUAGGCCUACCGCAGUAUCGCAGCUAUUUCAUGGAGUCUCUCGUGGACGCUCGCAUGCUGGACCACCUGACCAAGAAGGAGCUGAGAGGACAGCUCAAGAUGGUGGACAGCUUCCACAGGGUCAGUUUGCAUUAUGGCAUCAUGUGCCUGAAGCGCCUGAAUUAUGACCGCAAGGAGCUGGAGAGGAGGAGAGAGGACAGCGUCCACCAAAAUAAAGAUGUGAUGGUGUGGUCCAAUGAGCGCGUGAUGUGCUGGGUGCAGACCAUCGGCCUGAAGGAAUACGCCGACAACCUCCGUGAGAGCGGCGUGCACGGGUCUCUGCUGGCUUUAGAUGACACGUUUGACUACACCGACCUGGCCCUGCUGCUGCAGAUCCCCAAUCAGAACACACAGGCCAGACAGCUCCUAGAGCAGGAGUACAACUCCCUGAUCUCCAUGGGAACUGAAAGACGACCCGAUGAGGAUGGGACUAAGACGUUCACCCGCUCGCCCUCCUGGAGGAAGAUGUUUAGAGAGAAAGACCUCCGGGGUGUAACCUCUGACUCCGCCGAGACGCUGCCCGCUAACUUCCGUGCCUCAGCCAUCUCCACGCCCUCGGUUACUCUGAGAAAGGUUCAGAGUGAUGCAGCCAGCUCUGGUGCCCGGGGUGAAUCUGCCUCAGUGAGGACGUACUCCUGUUGAGCGGCUGAGGGUGCUGACUGGACUGGGUCGAGAGGAGGCUCUCACUCAUCACCGAAGAAAGAAGCAAAGAGUGCAACACUUAAAAAUAUCCGUCUGACCAUUCUGCAAUAACAGUAGCAAAGGAAUAAGGAGGAAAAUGACAUGAAGAAUGUAUAAAUGUGUUCUCAGACUUUGGCGUUGGAUUGGGAUCUGCUGUUUCCUCUCUCCGUCUCUCUUCCUGCCCUUCAGAGCGUUCCUCUGUGAGGCGACUAAAGGACAGUGCCACUGUUGUUAGGUCAAGGCAGGGUUUCUGUUGGUGUCUGCACUCAGUCUGCAGCGUCGGCGGGAUCGGGGUUCGUUUUUCCACCUUCAGAGGCCAACUUCUCGCGGCCAUUUAUCGUCUUACAGCUAGAAACAACCUAACGUGUCGCCUUACAAAUUCUGCUUAACGAUAGCUAUGUUCCACAAAAGGCAGAAGUUAACCCCAUUGUCAAAGUCUGCAUUCAGAGGGUGUUAAGAUUGUAAAGUGAUUCUGGGAGACAGACAGACGUAUUCGAAACAACAUUGAUGUUCUUCUCUGGGUCGGUGUCCGGUGUCCGGUCCUUUUGUCGGUCCCUGUCAGAGUUGUCCUGUGUCCCCACCAGGAUCAGGUGGUGUAGCAAAGCAUGUCCAAAUUCAGACCACCAUUUAGCUCCGACCACAUCCGAGCUCUAUUGUCUGUUGGCACCUUGAAAGCUGAUAGGAAUCUCUUUUGAAGGGGAUCUGCUGUUGACAUCAAAGGGUCGGAGCUGAAUGGGGCAGGGUGCAGAGACGCCACGGAGGCUUUAUGUCCACCAACUUCGUGAUGUCAAAGGCAGGAAAUCAAUUAAGACGCCAAUGGUCCCACUUUGUCAGAAACUGGCCUUUACAAAGUUUUUGGUUGCAAAAAUCUUGUAGGCGUACAACUUGGGCAUGUUCCAACAUACGUCUCCUCAGUACAGCCUUGCUAGUUAGAAUUGGCUAGAAAAGCCAUUUUCCCUUCAUCGGAGGCUAGAGACCCUUAAAAUAAACACAGCAGGUAAGGUAUCGCCGGAAAUAAAACAAUCUCAUGUCAUUUUAUUGCUGCUAGGACAAAGAAAACCCUUAUGAAAAGGUAAAAAUCACAUUUUUGUGUGUUAGCCGUCUGUGCUAAUUUACUUCCUAAUAUCCUUAAAGAGCAAGUCACCCCCUACCAGAGUCUAACUCCACUCCCACUUCAUGUUUGAAAAAUGCAACACAUGCUGUUGCCUGGCAGACCGAGAGGGCGGAGCCGCUAACAAAUACACACACUCAGGCUCACGACAGCAUUGUGACAUCAUAAUGUACCAGUUUACAUCAUAGCAUACUUCUUAGCCAAUAGCGGUGGCAGAUUUAAAUUAGAAUACAGUACAGAGUUUUUACCUGACAACGGCACAACACUGCCAGUUUUAGGCAGAAUAUUUAAAUUUUAACUAAGAUGCACUGAAGUGCCAAAUUAUUGACGACACGUGUCUGCAGCACGAUUAGACACUCGUUUAUUUAGUUUUAUCAGCAAAAAAAAGUUUAUUUGGGGGGUGACUUGCUCUUUAAAGUAAAAUGAGCAGCUGACUUUGGAAUUUCUAGUAUUGCAUUAAUUGUUUAGACAUGAAGAACUUUUCUGUUUGAACUUAAAACGUGAAAUGUAAUCACCUCCAUGUUAUUUUGGGUUAAACCCCGUUGUAGAUCAGCUCUGACCUCCUUUACCAAAAACAAACAUGAAUAUUUCUGAAAUUCUGACUCCUAAAUAAUAACAUACAGUUUGAAUGACUUGAUAUAUGUUAAUAAUGUCUUAAUGAUUAAAAAAAAACAUUAAAGCCAACGUUUAUCAUGUAGAACAACUCAUUUUGUCUUAAAGGUUUCUCCAAAAUAAAAUGUUUAAUUUCACUUAUUUGGUUUAAAAUAUAGUUUUGCCAAAUAUUUCAGAAAGCAAUAAUCCAUCCAGUGUAGAAGCUUAGAAAUGCGAUUAAACAGAAACAAGAAAUUUCCAGACAGCAAACAAACAUUUUCACAACUUUAGAGUCUUUUACAGCCAAACGUUUUCGUUAACAGGCAUCAGAUCAUUAAACAACAGGUCAAUUUUGCAAACGAUGGACCAAGUUUAAAGUUUGUUAGACGAGAAAGUGAAAUCAAAGUUCAGGAUGAUGCAACAGAAGACCUCCACCCCAAUCAGGGGUAAUCCUGAUGAGGGCAGAGCCGACAGAGGGAUGAAACAGCAGCUCAGUAGGAGGAAAGAAAUGUAAACAAAAGGAGGAUGGACAAAGUCGGUCAUUUUUCUGCACACACAAGCCAUAACAGAGAGGAAGAGCUGUCUGGGGGGUGAGAGUAGAGACGACGGCCCGAGGAAGCCCAGAAAACAAAACCUUUAGCCUCUUUGUUUACGAUGCAUGUCAAAUAAUGACAAUGAGCUAAAAACAUUUUUUUGGUAGUGAAGAUGAGGUGUCGUUUAAAAAAAUAUAUAUCUGUAUGAUAAACCUACAGUGGUGGGGUGGUGGGGGGUGACCCUGGGGAUCAAUUUGUAAAAUGUGUGUAUUUUUUUCAGUUGUAUUUUUUUAUUUUUUACGAUAACUUAUUUAUUUUCAUCGGGUAUGUAUUGGAUAAAUGUAUGUACAUGUUGGGUUCAUCCUUCACUUCAUUUGAACUGGUUUUAAAAGUAAAACAUUGAAAAUGGUCAAAUACGCUACUGUAUGUGUACAUUUUGAAAACAAACUGUGCAACGAUUGAACAGAUUUCCAUGAUUCAAUGAUAGUAAUACAAAUAAAAUAUCAUCUUGAAAAUAAAGAAUGAAAAUAGUGAUGUAAGAGAAAAAAAAAUGUAAAAAUUAAAGUGGUCCAGGUGGGUUUACUGAUCA